AUGGGCUCUUUGGAAAACACAAAAAACAGCCACCUUUCUCAGAAAGCAGGGAAUUAUCUUCUAGACGUGUGCUGGGCAAGGGAGGAAACUAGUGAGGCAACCGCCUCUAAUGUGAUUUCCCAAAUAUCGAGAGAGUUUAAGAGACGACACCAGCCAGAAAUGUUGUCUAAGACUGACCGGUUGAUACAGCAGCAAAUCGCUCGAUACUUCAGCCGGUUAUCUGCCGUAACAAAAAUUGGUUUAUUGAUGAGGCCCCCCUCUAUAAAUAUGAAUGAGGACGGAGAGGCCGAUGCCAAUGAUCUAGCUUCAGAUUUCGAAACUGACCGAAGAAGGCAGAAGAUAAGGAGGGACCUUGCAAAAUUUAGACGACGACAGCAGGAGAGGGUACAGCUGCUAUUAAGCUAA